CGGUGGUGAAAUACAGACUGUGCGGACUUACGAGCAGUAUUCUAGAUAAUGUUCAAGUCAUUCCCACGUCACCGCGCCCCGGCCCGGCACUGGAGCCAAGGUCGAGCUGAACGGAUACCGUAUAUAACGAGCCACCGGACGGACAGAAGGCAGUACAGCUCUGUACAGCUCACAGUCAACAUGGCCUACGUCAAGGUGCUGACCGCGUGUGCGCUGGUGGCCGCUGCUAGCGGAGCUCCCAGCACACCCCUGGCCUACGGCCACGGUUACGCCCAUGGCUACGCCGCCUCUCCUGCCGCCUACGGCCUCGGCUACGCCGCCGUCGCACCGGCGCCCGUCGACGUGGUGGUCGGCCACGCUCCGGUCGCCAAGUCUAUCGAGGUGGUCGACUACGUGAACCCGCACCCCAAGUACGACUUCAGCUACGGCGUCUCGGACGGCUACACGGGCGACCACAAGUCGCAGGUGGAGAGCCGCGACGGUGACGUCGUGCGCGGACAGUACCGUCUCGUCGACCCCGACGGCACCGAGCGCGUCGUCACCUACACCGCCGACGACUACAACGGAUUCCAGGCCACCGUCGAGAAGCGCCCUCUCGGCUACACCGCCCCCGUGGCUGCCCACGGCUACGCCGCCGCCGUUCCCGCCGUGGCUGCCCACGGCUACGCCGCCGCCGUUCCGGCCGUGGCCGUGCACGCCGCUCCGGUGGCCGUCUCCCACCAGUCGGUCACCAAGUCGGAGGGUUACGAUGUGCCCGUCGUCAAGGAGACGGUGCACACGGCUCCCGUCGUGGCCAAGGCGGUGCCGGCCGUCCACGCUGUCCACUCUGUGCACGCCGCGCCGGCCGUGCACUCUGUGCACACCGUGCACGCCGCCCCUGCCGUGCACUCCAUCAGCCACGGCUAUUAACUAACUCCUGUACUUUCUGUAAAAACUGUACAACUAUCCAAAGAACUGUGUUACCACUGUGAAAUGUACAGAGCUGUAUUUUCCGUAAUUUGAUUAUCUUCCUACUGAAUUUAGUGUCGUGUUAAAUACAUGUCAAUAGUGAAGGUAC